ACUAGUGUGUACUGCAGCUGGAAGGCGUUCAUUACGACAUACUGUCUAACUAAAAAAUCUAAAUGCUUAAACAGUUAAAACUAAUUUGACUGCUCAUUUCAAAUAUUUAACAAAAAUUGAUUAAGCUUGCUGAGUCUGAAUAAGCUUUGAGGCUGUUGUGGCUAAUCUGCGGUUUAUUCAGUUCUGAGAAGUUGCUCAUCAGUGGGCGGAUGACGAGAUGAAAGAAGAAGAGGAAACAGAACAUUAGCAGAGGAACAGAUGACGAGUCCGACAGAUGAGAGGAGACAGACGGUGUACCUGGACAUGGAUCACCUGCUGAUGCUGUUGCUGAUGCUGUUGCUGUGGAGCUCAGGACUCCGGGCUGAAGGAAAACACAUCUCACCAGGUGCUCAGUGUGAAACCACAGCCAAGGCUGACAUCGUGCUGUUGGUGGACGACUCUGGGAGCCUCUCAAAUCAGGAUUUUAAAAUCAUCCAGUCAUUUGCUUCUAGCAUAGUCAGCACCUUCUACAUCAGCCCAGACGGAGUCCAGAUUGGUCUUGUUUUAUACAGUGAUGAGCCAAAGACCAAGUGGCACCUGAACACCCACAGCACCAAACAUUCCCUGCUGGAGGCCAUAGCCUACCUUCAACACAUGGGAGGAGGCACCAUGACAGGAAGUGCUCUGAACUACAUCCUCCAAAACAACUUUAAGCCCAAUGUGGGAAUGCGUGCAGACUCCCAAAAAAUUGUUGUGUUGAUCACUGAUGGAAUGUCCAUAGACGACAUACUCCUCCCCUCGCAGAACCUGAAGGACGCCGGGAUUGAACUCUACGCUAUUGGUCUAAAUGAUGCCGACAUGAGUGAGCUGUGGGUCAUUGCCUCCGAUCCCAAGGAAAUUCACAUACACGAUGUCAAGGACUUCUUGUUUUUCCAGAACAUGCUCUGUAACAGCGCUAAUAGGUUAGUCUUUGUCAAGCUGGUGAACGGGAUGAGUCUGUGUUCAGGCAGACUGGAGGUGAGGUCUAAGCCGUCUAACCAGUCUAACCAGUCUAACCAGUCGUGGUCCUCGGUGUGUGAAGCUGACUUUGACCAGCAGGAUGCAGAGGUGGUCUGCAGGGAGCUUGGCUGUGGGGCUCCUUUAGUCCUCCAGGGGGCGCUCUAUGGAGUGCUGGCUCCAAUGUGGACCAAAGAGUUCCAAUGUGGAGGCAAUGAGUCUGCUCUCCUGGACUGUAGAAGCUCAGACUCAGCUAGAAACACCUGCUCACCGGGCAAAGCUGUUGGACUCACCUGCUCAGAGCCUGUCAGGUUGGUGGGAGGAGCCAGUCGCUGUGCAGGAACACUGGAGGUGAAACGAGGAGACUGGAGACCAGUUUAUGGUUUUAAUUGGAACCCGAAGUCAGCAGCUGCAGUCUGCAGAGAGCUGGACUGUGGCUCUGCUGUUUCAACGCGAAGGAGAGACGACUCCUCAAUCAGAAUUGCAUGGGAGAUCACUUCUGACUGUAUUCAGUCUGGAUCUGCUCUGAGGGAGUGUGUAUCACCAGGUUCCUCUUCUUCCAUCAUGGAGAUCACCUGCUCAGAGCCUGUCAGGUUGGUGGGAGGAGCCAGUCGCUGUGCAGGAACACUGGAGGUGAAACGAGGAGACUGGAGACCAGUUUAUGGUUCUAGCUGGACCCUGAAGUCAGCAGCUGCAGUCUGCAGAGAGCUGGACUGCGGCUCUGCUGUUUCAACGCGAAGGAGAGACGACUCCUCAAUCAGAUUUGCAUGGAAGAUCAGUUCUGACUGUAUUCAGUCUGGAUCUGCUCUCAGGGAGUGUGUAUCACCAGGUUACUCUUCUUCCAUCAUGGAGAUCACCUGCUCAGACUCUGUCAGGCUGGUGAACGGGACGAAUCUGUGUUCAGGCAGACUGGAGGUGAGGUCUAAGCCGUCUAAGCAGUCUAACCAUUCGUGGUCCUCAGUGUGUGAAGCUGACUUUGACCAUCAGGAUGCAGAGGUAGUCUGCAGGGAGCUUGGCUGUGGGGCUCCUUCAGUCCUCCAGGGGGCGCUCUAUGGAGAAGUGGAGGCUCCAAUGUGGACCAAAGAGUUCCAAUGUGGAGGCAAUGAGUCUGCUCUCCUGGACUGUAGAAGCUCAGACUCAGCUAGAAACACCUGCUCACCGGGCAAAGAUGUUGGACUCACCUGCUCAGAGCCUGUCAGGUUGGUGGGAGGAGCCAGUCGCUGUGCAGGAACACUGGAGGUGAAACAAGGAGACUGGAGACCAGUUUAUGGUUCUAGCUGGACCCUGAAGUCAGCAGCUGCAGUCUGCAGAGAGCUGGACUGUGGCUCUGCUGUUUCAACGCGAAGGAGAGACGACUCCUCAAUCAGAUUUGCAUGGGAGAUCACUUCUGACUGUAUUCAGUCUGGAUCUGCUCUCAGGGAGUGUGUAUCACCAGGUUCUUCCAUCAUGGAGAUCACCUGCUCAGAUCCAGUAGUUCUGAUCAUCAGACUCGUCGUCCUGCCGCUGACUCUGCUGUUGUUCAUCAUUGUCAACUGUUUCAUCCAUAAGGCCACCAGGGGGCAAAAGCCAGGCCCACAGGAGAACAUCGAGUUGGAUCAUCUUAACCUUGGUGUUUGCACAGCUGAAGGACUGACAGACCAGAGUGGUGGUUCCCAGUUUUAACAAAGGGGACUGGAGGAUGUGCUAAAACUACAGGAGUAUCACAUUGCUCAGCCUCCCUGGGAAAGCUUAUCGCAGGGUGCUGAAACUCCGACCGAUUGAUUCAGGCGAAGCAAUGCGGCUUCCAUCCUGAUCACAGAACUGUGGACCAGCUCUUUACCAUAAUAAAGACACUGGAGGCAUUACCCAGUCUACAUGUGCUUUGGUUGGUUCAGUUAUUGAUCACUGUCUUGCUAUCAGUAAUAAUCAGUCUCAGAGUGCAUAUGCUAAUCAAUUUCCUCAUUUAUUAUUAGACAUGGUUAUCCUUGUCGGCAUAUCCUAUAUUCUAUGCAUCACAGUAUAUCUUGUCUCUCUGUUCAUUAUAUGUGUAAAUAUUGUAAAUAAAUGAGCAUAUAUCUGA